CGAGAUUUGUUAGAUAUGACAAUAAAAACAAGUAGCCUCUAGGCAUAUUUUUCUCCGCGUGGCGGUAACGUUUAUGUAUACAUAGCAGACAAAAUGGAAAAGUCGGCUAACGGACUUGACUUACCGUUUCACGGACAAUCAACAAUCGUGUGAUGUGUCUUGUGUAAUGGAAAAAAAAUGUGUAAUGGAAAAGAGGUGCUCAGCUGGAUUUUUUCACUGAAGACUCGAGACAUUCUACUAGCGUUCCAAAUUUCCGUAGGUGUAUCCAGUAUAAUUUACGGGUACUUUUUUGGAUAUCCUAUUGCACUGCUUUUUGUUUUGCUGUGUCUAAUUGCCUUCAAACUUCCCAUACUCAUCAUCUACUUCAACCAGCUUCUUUUAGGGGCUGAUAUUCCAGAAAUCAAACAAAAAUCAAAGUUUCUGGCUAAGCCUUCAACCCCAUACUUUUUAACCAAGGGUGAUACUAUUUCUCCUGAAGUGAAUCAGGCAUUAGAAGCAUUCUUGGAUGGCAUACUGGAGAAGUUCAUUAUUCAAUGGCACUCUAAACUUGAAACUAAAGAAGAUCAGUUUCUUGAUGAAAUACGCCACAUAUUAAGACACAUAAUUGUCAGAUUACAUGUGUCACUUGACAAAAUUGACUUCCCUAGUUUGAUCAUUGACAAGGUUAUUCCAGCACUAUUAUGGCAUUUGGAGUGUUUCACUAUUGGAUGUGAACAUAGUCAUUUUGUGGACACAGAGAAACAUGUCUUGCAAUGUUUUGGAACAAAUCUACAUCCAGCAUUAUCAAGCAGACAAACAGAAGAAUUAUAUCUCAAACAGUGUUCAGAGCUGAUCCUCAAAGAUCUUCUCCCUGUUGAGCUGAAAUCCAGCAAGCUUUUUUCUAUUUUACUGCGCGAUAUUCUCAGCUGCCAGAUUCUUCAGAAUGCCAUGGAUGCAUUAGCCAAUCCCGAGAACAUAAACCGGAUCAUAAUUGUUUGGUUAGACGAAUAUAGUACUGUGUUGUUAGCAAAUCAAACGGUGGAAUCGGAACCUGGUGUUCAAAUAUUGAACAAUUUUACUAAAGAUUAUCACCCUAAUACCAAAAACCUGUGUCUUUACCCUAGUCUUUCAUCAAUCCUGAAAAUACCGCCGCACUUAUAUCAACUUAUGCAGUUUUUAAAACGAAUCCACACUCUCAAGUAUCUGCAAUUUUGUUUUGCCGUCGACGAGUUUAAUGAAAAGCUGUUGAACCCUGAUCUCAAACCGGAGCAAAUGGAGCGGCUACAACUUAUGGGGCAGAAAAUGUUUGAAAUAUAUUUCAGUCAUACGUCUCCAGACUGCAUCGGAUUUGAAAAUGAAUCGAAACGUGAAAUGAAAGCAAUCGUAUAUGCAAGUACAGCGGAUAUUGUACGCUUGAGAACGAGUCCUACACUGUUUGAGGCAUACGACUAUGUAAUGGACAUUCUAGAGAAAAAAAUUUUGCCUCGUUUUUACCGCAGUCCAGAGUUUUAUCAACUAGUCACCGGCGCACAGCAGUCAGGAGGAUCAUCUAAAAACACCAAAAAGAAAGGUGAAACUACUUCUACGGGAUGGGGAAAAAAGCUCCGUGCUGCAUUACGGCCAAAUUGGUUAACAUCAGACGCCAAACUAGCUGGUAAUUCUUUAUUGGAACCCGAAGAAGAAAAUUAUGACACAGGAAUAGAUUUAACUGAGGCGGAUUUCAUCACCGACGAUGUGGAUGCAGACGACGGAAUGGGUGCUUAUGCUGAUCUGAUACCAGUAUCGGGACGAGAUCUAACAGCAUGGAAAACUUCCAUUCCGCGAGUGGUUUCGGCUGUGGAUUCUGCUGGUAAAGCCAUAUGGGCAUUCGAAGUCGAAAUUCAAAGGGGUGAUAUACGACCAGAGGACGAUCCAGAAGAGUAUCGCUGGACCGUAAUUCGAACGUAUCUCGAGUUCUUUUAUCUAGAAAGCAAGUUAACUGAAUUCCACGGAGAGUUUCUUGAUAAUCGCCUUCCUCAGAAAAAGAUGUUUGGAACUCGGAGCUUGAAAUUUUUGGAAAGCGUUCGAGUUGAUUUCGAAUCCUUUCUACGGACAUUACUUCAGCAGCCAGCUUUGAAAGGAAGCGAUCUCAUUUUCUCUUUUCUGACUCUCUCGGAUCUUUCGGCAUGUCAAGCAACUGGUGAUAGCUCAGCCAUGGGGUCCAAUCUACUUCCGGACUUAGGAUUUAGUCGGAUGAUGCGACACGUACCGAUGAAGUUGCGUAAAGAGAAGGGACAGGACUUAGAAAGUUUCCUACAAACGUUUAUAGCGUCGACUGAAGCUCCGAAACCUAAACCAAGCAAAACUGAAGUUCGAGACAUUUCUAGUGAAGUUUCCUUGCCUGUUAUCAAAGAACUCCAUCCCGUUUUCAAAGAUAACGCAAAAACCUUCCUACCACAAGAUGUCCCUUCUAGUCGUGAUGCUUUCGCCCGUGCAGUUUAUAUUCCAAAAAUAUGUGGUCCAUAUGAUUGUUUGUUAUUUGCAGCUUGGAAAAUCUGGCGAAUACCUCAGCUCUUGUGCAGUUUGCUUGUGGGACUUCGCUCGCUGACGAGCGUUUAUUUUGAUUCAUACACAAGAAAAUACGUCAGAGAUAAACUUAAUAGUGUUUUACACCCAGCGAAAGUUACGCUGGUUAUCAGUUUGCUGCACGAAACUAUCCUUAACCAUAGCUCUUCCGAAAGCAGCGAAAAGUCCCAAUACAGGCUGGCAGCAUGGAACUCUAUUGUCCAAAGUGUUCCUGGAUGGAUGAAAACUAUAUUUGGAGUCCACCCCGUUGAAGAAAGAUGCGAACUAAUGUUUCAGUGUCUUCAAUUUCCCGUCCUGAACAAGCAAAUAUCUUACAUUGUAUUAGACAUCUUGUUAAAUGAAAUGUUUCCCGAACUAUUUUCAAAUGAUGCCACCGACCCAUCCCCACAGUAAUGAAAUCCACACAUACCCAUGACCACUGGUUCCAUUCACACAAUUUCUUCUUUGUAAAUUUGAUGAAUUAUUUUGUAUUGUUGACUUGUUAACUUGAUGAUUAGAAAAUUCGUCAGCUA